CACCAAUCAUGUUGUCCUCGACAUUGACGAACUCUGCACGGACUGCGACAAGGAGCGCUGCCGUGCGCGCGCUGCAGCCGCGCGCGACGUCUAGCACGGUGCGGGCGUUGUCCACAACGGCGGCGCGGGCGGCGCGGCUGGUGCACCGCGGCCCAACGAUCGCCACCUCGUCUCCCCACCGCGAUGCCAGGCGUACAGGGCGGACGCAUCCCCCACUUACUCGCUCCAUGUUCAUCCAGACCGAAAGCACCCCCAACGAAGACUCCAUAAAAUUCAUCCCCGGCGUGCCCGUCAUGGGCGAGUCCGGCACCGCCGAGUUCCUCGACACCCGCUCCGCCCUCACCUCCCCCCUCGCCGUGCGCCUCAUGGGCAUCGAGGGCGUCCGCGCCGUCUUCUACGGGCCCGACUUCGUCACCGUGAGCAAGAGCUCCGAGCACCCGUGGUCCGUCAUCAAGCCCGAGAUCUACUCCGUCCUCAUGGAGUUCUUCACCUCGAACAACCAGCCGCUCUUCCGCUCAAAGGAGGACAGGGAGAAUGCGGGCCCGCAGGAUACGCGGAUCCUGGACACGGACAGUGAUGUGGUGGCGAUGAUCAAGGAGCUGCUGGAGACGCGCGUAAGGCCGGCGAUCAUGGAGGAUGGUGGGGAUAUUGAGUAUAGAGGUUUUGAUGAGGAGAGCGGCGUCGUGCAGGUCAAGUUGAAGGGGAGCUGCCGCGGGUGCUCGUCGAGCACGGUCACUCUGAAGACUGGCAUCGAGAACAUGUUGAUGCACUACAUUCCCGAAGUCAAGGGUGUGGAGCAGGUCCUCGACGAAGAGGAAGAGAUCGCACUCGAGGAGUUUAACAAACUCGAGAAGAAGCUACACCCAGAAGAGGCGAAGCAACCAGACAUGGCGCAAUACAUGUCGACAUGACGCUCUCAUCCUACUCGCCAACAUGUACCACUACUCUUACCCACGCCUAGUUAUGCUUAAUCCAUGCUCCUGUCGAAUUUGAGGCAUUUGCGACCA